GCGUCAGCAGCAGCUGUGAAGGAGAUUGCUGUGGCCUCGAGAAGACGACGGUAAAGACUUCAGCUGAGAGCUUUUAGAGAAGACCUAAAGGACUAGUACAUUUUAAAACCCUGUGGAAAUAUUAACCAGGUGUGCAAGCUCAAGGUAGAGAUUCCUCAGUGAGGUCGUGUAUCUUCGCAAUGCGAAGAUGGCGAAGAUGGUCCCUACCAGAUGCACCGACGCGUUCCGUCGCUUUACUCCGGAAUCGCUGGCGGAGAUUGAGAGGCUCAUUGAAGAGCAGAGAGUCAGGAAGGAAGAAGAAGGUGUGGAUCCAGAGACAGGGCCAACAGCACCUAGCAGUGACCUGGAGGCGGGGAAGUCUCUGCCCAUGAUCUACGGAGAUCCACCGGAGGAGCUGCUCAACACACCUUUAGAAGAUAUAGACCCCUUCUACAAAACACAGAAAACGUUUAUUAUAAUCAGCAAAGGCAACACAAUCUACAGGUUUAAUGCAGAAUCAUCCUGUUACUUUAUCAGCCCUUUUAACCUUGUAAGAAGAGCGGCUAUUAGAAUUCUUAUACAUUCAUAUCCUUGGUUAUUUAGCAUGUUCAUCAUGAUUACUAUUCUGUCCAACUGUGUGUUUAUGACGAUGAGCAACCCUCCCGCCUGGAGUAAAAUUGUGGAGUAUGUCUUUACUGGUAUAUAUACCUUUGAGGCAACAAUUAAAGUGGUGUCCCGAGGCUUCUGUAUUGGAUCUUUUACAUUCCUUCGUGAUCCAUGGAAUUGGCUGGAUUUCAUGGUGAUCAGCAUGGCGUACAUCACAGAGUUUGUUGACCUUGGCAACGUGUCAGCGCUUCGGACGUUCCGUGUGCUCAGAGCUCUUAAAACUAUCACUGUUAUUCCUGGCUUGAAGACCAUUGUUGGAGCUCUGAUCCAGUCUGUCAAGAAGAUGGUGGAUGUGAUGAUUCUGACCAACUUUGCCCUGGCUGUGUUUGCCCUCAUCGGCCUGCAGCUCUUCAUGGGGAACCUGCGCCACAAGUGUAUACGUUGGCCCAUUUCGAACAGCACAAUGGACGGCUACAACUCUACCCUGAUGGAUGACUUCAACACCACUUUUGACUUCACAGCCUAUACUGAAAACGAAGACAACCAGUACUUUCUGGAGGGCAGCUUAGAUGCUUUACUAUGUGGCAACAGCUCUGAUGCUGGAAAGUGUCCAGAAGGAUUUACAUGUAUGAAGGCUGGAAGGAACCCGAAUUACGGCUACACCAGCUUCGACACUUUCGGCUGGGCUUUCCUUGCUCUUUUUAGGCUCAUGACUCAGGACUACUGGGAGAACCUAUUUCAACUGACUCUCCGUGCAGCUGGGAAAACCUACAUGCUUUUUUUUGUGGUGGUCAUAUUUCUGGGAUCAUUCUACCUCAUCAACCUCAUUCUGGCUGUAGUUGCCAUGGCAUAUGAUGAACAGAACCAGGCCACGAUUGCUGAGGCCCGGGAAAAAGAGGAAGAAUUUCAGAGAAUGCUGGAGCAGAUCAAGAAUGAAGAGCAACAGUUGCAAGCCGGUAGCAUGGCAUCGUUGGGCAGUCAGAGAACUCAGAGCAAAGGGUCAGAAAUAGGGGCAGAUGAUGGGGACGAUGUAAUAAAGGACUGUAAUGGCAGGAUUAUUCCCCGUCUGGUGAUCCACAGAGCUCCGACUAUAGUAAAGUCAGCAUCAGACAAUGAGCAAAGUGCAGACAAUAAGUCAACGUGCUCCAAGCAUAGCGUGAUGCGCCUGGAAAAUCCUGGACUCUCUCAGAGAACAGCCAGCGCCAUGAGCGUACGCAGCACAACGAGGGAAGAGUUGGAGGAAGCCCAGAGACCCUGUCCUCCAGGCUGGUAUAAGUUUGCUGACAUCUUUUUGAAGUGGGAUUGUUGUGAACCCUGGAUGAUCUUCAAGAAAUGGGUCCAUUUUAUAGUGAUGGAUCCUUUCGUGGAUCUCGGAAUUACGAUUUGCAUCGUACUCAAUACGCUGUUCAUGGCUAUGGAGCACUAUCCCAUGAGUGCCCAAUUUGAACACGUGCUCACUGUUGGCAACUUGGUGUUCACAGGUAUUUUCACUGCGGAAAUGGUGUUCAAGCUCAUUGCCAUGGACCCUUACUACUACUUCCAGGUGGGCUGGAACAUAUUCGACAGCAUCAUCGUCACUCUUAGCCUGGUGGAGUUAGGCCUGGCCAAUGUGCAGGGUCUGUCGGUCCUCAGGUCCUUCCGUCUGCUGCGAGUCUUUAAGCUGGCUAAAUCCUGGCCCACACUCAACAUGCUGAUCAAAAUCAUUGGGAACUCAGUGGGUGCUCUGGGGAACCUGACUCUGGUGCUGGCCAUCAUUGUCUUCAUCUUUGCUGUGGUAGGCAUGCAGCUCUUUGGUAAGAGCUACAAGGACUGUGUGUGUAAGAUCGCAGAGGACUGCACACUGCCCCGCUGGCACAUGAACGAUUUUUUCCAUUCGUUCCUCAUUGUCUUCCGCAUCCUGUGUGGCGAAUGGAUUGAAACCAUGUGGGACUGCAUGGAGGUAGCCGGAGCAGGCAUGUGCCUCGUGGUGUUCCUCAUGGUCAUGGUGAUCGGUAACCUAGUGGUGCUGAACCUGUUCCUUGCCUUGCUGCUCAGCUCGUUCAGUGGAGAUAAUCUUUCAGCAAGUGACGAAGACGGCGAGAUGAACAAUCUCCAGAUUGCGAUCGGACGCAUCACCAGAGGCAUCGACUGGGUCAAAUCUUUCAUCAUCCGCAUUGUACUGCACAGGAAACCUCCCGAGGCUGACGCGAGAGGAGCGGAAUGUGAGGAUACAGACAAAAAGGAAAGUUUUUCAUUAAACAACCUCGACGAAGGGAAGAUGGCGGACGGCUUGACCAACUGUCUGGACGCUCUCACUCUGAAUGUACCGAUUGCCAAAGCUGAGUCUGAUGAUGAAGAUGACGAGUCACAGGAUUCGUCAGAAGAAGACGACGCAAACAAAAAGAAGGGUGCUCUCAAUGAUGGAGACUCGUCAGUGUGUAGCACAGUGGACUACAAACCUCCAUCACCUCCACCUGAGGAAGAGGAGGAAGAGGAACCAGAGCCUGAUGAUCCAGAAGCCUGUUUUACUGAAAACUGUGUAAGCCGAUUUCCAUGUCUGACUUUGGACAUCACUCAGGGAAGGGGAAAGAGUUGGUGGAACCUGCGCAGAACUUGCUUCACCAUCGUGGAACAUGAUUACUUUGAAACCUUCAUCAUCUUCAUGAUUCUGCUCAGUAGUGGUGCACUGGCCUUUGAGGACAUUUACAUUGAGCGUCGCAGGGUGAUUAAGAUCAUCUUGGAGUAUGCAGACAAGGUCUUCACAUACAUUUUUGUAAUAGAGAUGUUACUGAAAUGGGUUGCAUAUGGUUUCAAGACUUACUUCACCAAUGCCUGGUGCUGGCUGGACUUUCUAAUCGUUGAUGUGUCGCUUAUCAGUUUAACAGCAAAUUUGUUGGGCUAUUCAGAGCUAGGGCCAAUAAAGUCUCUCCGAACUCUUAGGGCUCUUCGACCUUUACGUGCCUUGUCCAGAUUUGAAGGAAUGAGGGUGGUGGUCAACGCACUGGUAGGUGCCAUUCCUUCCAUCAUGAACGUGCUCCUGGUGUGUCUAAUAUUCUGGCUGAUCUUCAGUAUCAUGGGGGUCAACCUGUUUGCUGGAAAAUUCUACCGCUGCAUUAAUACCACCACAGAAGAACUUUUGCCUCUUGAGAUUGUGAACAACAAGAGCGACUGCAUAGCACUAAUGGACACUAAUGAAACGCGAUGGGUCAACGUCAAGGUCAACUACGACAACGUGGGCUUUGGUUACCUUUCCCUGCUACAAGUGGCCACAUUUAAAGGCUGGAUGGACAUCAUGUAUGCUGCAGUGGAUUCCAGAGAGGUGGAAGAACAGCCGUCGUAUGAGAUUAACAUUUACAUGUACCUGUAUUUUGUCAUCUUCAUCAUCUUCGGCUCUUUCUUCACCCUCAACCUCUUCAUUGGUGUCAUCAUUGACAACUUCAAUCAGCAAAAGCAAAAGUUAGGUGGAGAAGAUCUGUUCAUGACAGAGGAGCAGAAAAAGUACUACAAUGCCAUGAAAAAACUGGGUUCCAAGAAGCCUGUCAAACCCAUACCUCGCCCCGCGAAUAUGAUCCAGGGCAUGGUGUUUGACCUCAUCUCUCAGCAGUUCUUUGACAUCUUUAUCAUGGUGUUGAUUUGCCUCAACAUGGUUACCAUGAUGGUUGAGACAGAUGACCAAAGUGCAGAGAAAGAAUAUGUUCUCUAUCAGAUUAACCUCAUCUUUAUUGUUGUAUUCACUGGGGAGUGCAUCCUCAAAAUGAUUGCAUUGAGACAAUACUUCUUCACUGUGGGAUGGAAUGUGUUCGAUUUCAUUGUGGUCAUCCUUUCUAUAGCUGGUCUCAUGCUGUCAGACAUAAUCGAGAAGUACUUUGUGUCGCCGACCCUGUUCCGCGUCAUCCGUCUGGCUAGGAUUGGCCGUGUGCUGCGUCUCAUCAAAGGAGCAAAAGGCAUCCGGACGCUUUUAUUUGCUCUGAUGAUGUCACUCCCUGCCCUUUUCAACAUCGGCCUGCUUCUCUUCCUCAUCAUGUUCAUCUUCUCCAUUUUUGGCAUGUCUAACUUCGCCUACGUGAAAAAGGAGGCCGGAGUUGAUGACAUUUUUAACUUUGAGACCUUCGGGAAUAGCAUCCUCUGCCUAUUUGAGAUCACGACUUCAGCUGGUUGGGAUGGGCUGCUGCUUCCUAUGCUAAACAGCGGUCCUCCUGACUGUGAUCCCAAUAUCGAAAACCCUGGAACAUUGGUGAGGGGCAACUGCGGCAACCCAGGCAUGGGCAUCAUGUUCUUCUGCAGUUACAUUAUCAUGUCUUUCUUAGUGGUGGUGAACAUGUACAUUGCCAUCAUCCUGGAGAACUUCAAUGUAGCACAGGAGGAGAGCAGUGACCUGCUAUGUGAGGAAGACUUUGAGAUGUUUAAUGAAACUUGGGAAAGGUUUGACAUAGAAGGGACGCAGUUUUUGGAUUAUGACCAUGUCUUUGCCUUUGUUGAUGCGCUGCAAGAACCCUUGCGUAUUCACAAACCUAACAAGAUCACACUGGUCAAUAUGGAUCUGCCGGUUGUAAUAGGAGACAAAAUCCACUGUCUAGAUAUCCUGCUGGCCGUCACCCAACAUGUGCUGGGAGACACUACUGAGAUGGCAGCAAUGAGGGUGAGCAUUGAGGAAAAGUUCAAGAUGAACAAUCCGAGCCCUGCCUCCUUCGAGCCCAUCGUCACCACUCUGAGGAGAAAGGAGGAGGAGCGGGCAGCCAUCCGGAUCCAACAGUCCUACCGUAAACAUCUCCUCAAACGCUCUAUCCGCCACGCGUCCUUCUUACAUCGGUCCAAAAAUAGAAAUGUGAGGCGGCAGGAGGACGAGGAGGCGCCGGAGACAGAGGGUUUGAUAGCACGCAAAAUGAAUGCCCUUUAUGGAAGCAACGCAGAGCUGGCUAUGGCUCUGGAGCUUAAGUCUAGGCCUAUGCCAGUCAAACCCACUUCAUCUAGUCUCAUAGUACCAGUAAACUACCAGCGGGCCCAAGGCCGACAGAGAGUAGUACCGGUAGAAGUCACAAGUGAAGUAGUUCUCCGUUCUGCACCCACAUUUAUGCAGAACUCUUCGAGGCCAGAGGUGGCAGCAGCAAAAGAGUCAACAAUAUAAUAGAGAGACGAUGUUCAUCAUUUUCUUUGUCUUUUUUUACGCAGAGAGCGAUGUGUUAAACUGAGUAUCACCUGCACAAAAAGAAAUCUUACUGAUGCUCUCAAACACACAUCAAUUUUAGAGAGGUGAUGUUUAUUGGCGUCCAGUAGUGAUAUAUACAUAUAUAUUUUUUUAUUACAAUAGUUUGUUUUGUUUAUUUUUUGGUUUUUUUGCAUUUGUUUGAACUGAUUUCAAUCUGUUCCUCAUCAUCAUCAUGUUUAGAUUAAUCAGAUAAUUGCUUGUUGUUUCUCAACUUGUCCACUUCCUGGUAUAAACCCAAGAGGCUUUUUUUUUAUUAAAAUGUAUUUCCUCAGCCUUCACCCUAGAGCUGCUGUAACAAGUCCCUGAUUUGACUCGGGGCCUCACUUUCCUUUGCACUAUUUUUAGACCCCCAGUUCAUGGCCUGCCAGUUUCAGUUCAUGGGAGGUAUACUGUCACAUUGGGCACUAUGUGCAACUGCAUAAGGCAUACAUAACCGGUACAGUACAGUAUAUACUUCCUGUAGUGUUUACUGUGAGUAAAUGCACUCAGUCAUUUAAAACUGUUUCAUACGUUUUUAAGAGCCUUGACUUUAUACCGUUAUACUGCUAAUCUCAUUAUCAAGCGCAAAAAUAAGGUAUAAGACUGAGAUCCCACAAGUGUAGCGAAGGUAUUUUUAUGAUAACGGUUGCAGAAGGGUGUGGUUAAAGUGAAUACAAUAUCAAGAGGCGUGGCUUUGAUUUCUGCUCGCUUUGGCUAAGUGUACACUUGGCAUUUAAAAUGUGACCUAGAUCUCGAUGUAGUCCACAUACGCAAAAGUGUAAACCUGUUUGUCAUCCGACCAACGUGUCCUGGUUCGGAGGUUGUCAACGCAUUGUGAUCGGAUCUUAGUAUAAUAUACAGUGGAACCUUGGCAUAGAAAUUUAAUCGGUUCUGGAGGUCAGUUCUUAAGGUGAAAAUGUGUAUUGCAAAACUAAUUUUCCCAUAAGAAUUAAUGUAAAUGCAGAUAAUCCGUUCCAGCCACCCAAAAAUAUUCCCAAUACGAAGCGUAUGUAAACUGUAUGGCUGCUUACAAAGAACUGACCCAAGCCAAGCAUUCCAUGUCAAGGGUCCUCAGAGGAAGUUGUGCCACCAAGCAUGAGUUAAAAAUAGAAAAGACCACCCACACCAUCAAUCUGUCAACAAAAAAACACCCCAAAAAUCACCUAGCUUUUAAACGCAUGGUAAAGGCAACGUCGGUAUUGUGGGGUGACUUUUUCACAACAGCUUUCACUGACAGAAAAAAAAUUCGUAAACUUCCUUCAGUCAGCUUUGCUUGGCUUUCCACUGAUGUAAACAAGUUUUGAACAGCUCCAUGGCAUACGCGCAACUUAGCCGGCGUUCGGUUCGUUCGUUAGCUGAAAAUGCUUCGUAUGCCGAUGCAAAUUGCUUGCAAAAUUUUAAUUCUUAAGGCAAAAAUUCGUAAGGGAGGGCAUUCGUAUGCCGAGGUUCCACUGUAAACGCAAUUGAAACACGGAACUCUGCCCACUAUCAUUAUUCCCCCUCCUCUCUCUCCGAGAACUGUCAGAAAGAUGGAGGACACCAGGACGUGGGGCGUGUCUGAGACUCGUACAUUUAUAUCUUUAUAAGCAUUCAAGCUAAACUAAACUAAAGUGUGUAGCAAAACAGUACAGGGUCAGAACAGCUCUGUUCUCGGGAAUCUCUCACAUAGCUGUGCUUAUUUUAGCUAGAUCCUCUUCUCUGUGGUUGUAAUAUUUCUGUGCGUGUCAGCUAUCCGGAUAAAACCUUUGGGUCAGAUAGAAUCAGUUGGAUGUUGGGCGAGUUAUUCUUAUUUAAAAACUUUAAAGUGUUAAUAAAUACAUUCACCAAACUAGGUUGUAAGAAAUCUGAAAUAAUAUGUAGUAAAAUCAACGGAUUUCACGUGUCUUUUUUUUUUUUUCAACACUUAAAUAGCGACAAAAUAAAAGUGUAUGAAAAAUUAGUUAGGGGGAGGCUUUUAAAACGUUAUUAAUAUUCUAUUAGUGCAAUAAGUACAAUAAUAUCAUUUAACUGGACCCAUACUUUUUAUGUAUGCUUCAUGAAGUUGUACUUUGUGUACUUUGUGACCAAACUAAACUAACAACUCAUUUUUUUCUUUUUAACGCAAUUUUGUGUUGUUGUUGUUGGGUUUUUGUUGUAAAUAUCUGCUUAUUAGACAAGCUUAUUAGAUGGCUGAUAUUAGAAAUGAAUUCAUCUGUGACAUCCUUAUUCUAAGGAUUCUUGGACUUUUUUAUCUCAAGCUGUCUUUCUGGAAUAUUUAAUAAAUUAAUAAAAUAUAAUUAUAGGACAAAUAGGAUAGAAUUAGAUUUAUCUGAAUCAUUUUAGACUCCUAAUAUAGCAUGUCAAGCUAUUUUUUUUGAUAUUUCUAGACUGUGACUGUAAUGUUAUUUUACAAUGUUUACAGUUUGUACUGCUGUUAAAUUUUAGCGACUCAAUAUUUCGUUUCUGUGCUUCUAGGCUGAAUUCACUGCCUGCUGUUUAAGUGUUAAAGAUCAUAAUAGCUAGUUAAAUUAAUCAGUAAUCAUGGCGGAAUAUUUUAACUUAUUGACUGUGUCAAAAAAAAAAAAAUCAUUUGUUUUUAUUUUUUAACUCUUCAACUUAAGGACUUUUUUUUUGUUUUUCAGAGCUGAGCCGUAAGUCUUAACCUAAUUAUUAAUGUCUUAAUCCUGAAAAUGUGCAAAUUAAUAAACGAAGCACUUUUGAUUUAUCUGUUUUCUGAUUAUUAUUUUUUUCAGUACUGUUUACAUUAUAUUAUGAAGAGAAAUUCAAGUGCUUUCGGCUUUGUAUUGCCUGUACAUACCUUACGCAUACGGUAGAUUUAGAUGCUUUUAUCCUUUUCCUUUCUUUAUAUAA